CCACCGUGCACGAGCAAGGCUAGCGACGUGGCGACAAAGUGGUUUUGUAGUUUCUUUUGCCAUUUUUUAGUAGUUUCUUUUUUUUUCUUUUUUUUUUGGCGAACAGUCGGCGAAAAAAUACGGCUCGGCGAUAUCAAUGGGGACGUCGUUGCUGAUGUGGAAGUCAUGGAGCCUGGAAACCAAUUUUCCAGGUGCACACAACCAAAAGCGCAGCGCACCUGGCAAAGAGCGAAGCGGCACAGUGUCUGUUCCAGUGUUCGCACAAGCAGACACCCGGCGCAUAGCAUCACAGCACCUGCAUGACGCUUCGAAGGUUAUACAACACCCUUGUUCCUGUGCUGUUCAUAUGCUUUCUCUUGCCGCUUUUCUUCCUUCCUCAACAGCGUUACGGCGUUAAAUUUUCAUUUUUCAAUCCUGUAGCUGUCGUCAGUUCAAACCGCACGCCAAAGCCACAGCACGAGCUACUGUACCCAGCAACCGCAGUUAAGCCUAAUGAAACAGAACUAGAAUUCUCAUCGCCGGGAACAUCGUACCCGUUCGAAGCCUACGAUCCUACACGGCCACCUGUCUUCGAACUAAAAGAUAACACCCCUAAUUACUUCAUAAAUAUCGCAUCAACAACUUGUUUCAAAUUAGGAACGAACGCUUCCGUCAGCCAGCCUGAGAAGUGUGUGUGUCUUCCCAGGUGGUACGGAAAGGACUGCAGCCAACCUCAAUCCAUUGUGGCAUCAGACCAGUUCCAAAACAGGUCGAGCAGAGACAAAAUAACUAGAAGGCGCCGGGCUCGCAGAGUGAUCAACGGCAUUAACAUCAACCAUGAGCUAGACAUGCUGGAAAUUCGUCUUAACGAACUUUACAACGUCGUUGAUGUCUUCAUCGUCUGCGAAUCAAAUUACACAGCGUACGGCGAUGCCAAGCCGCUAUAUCUUCUGCCAAAACUCAAAGCCGGAUUUCUGCGACAAUUCCAAGACAAAAUCGUUUACGUCUGGUUAGACCACUUCCCGGAAGGUGGUACAGAAGACGGUUGGAUUGCAGACGGAUACUUGCGCACGUUUCUAUGGAAACAGGGAAAGACUCAGCUUUCUGGGUUGCGAGACGACGACAUCUUCAUUCUGAACGACGCAGACGAGAUUCCGCAAGCAGACGCCAUUGCGUUUCUGAAAACGCACGACGGUUAUGGGUUCCCCAUCGCUCUCCGGCUACAGUGGACAUCUUAUGGGUUCUAUUGGCUUGCUACGUUGAAAUACACUAACGUGACAUCGAUAUGUACGGUGAAAUACCUCGAGAAAGUUCUGCAAGAUGAUGCUUACGGUAUCCGCAAAGUUCCUCCCUACGAGGCAGAGGACCUGUACGGUGAAGAGGUUGAACGGUGGAUAAUUGGCAUGGGAAAUGAAACGCACGGCGGGUGGCAUUGCUCGAACUGUUUGCCGAUACCGUUGAUCAAAGUGAAGAUGCUAUCGGCACAAUCAGCUGAUGGGCCGAGGUGGGGAGAUUAUCCGGAUAAAAUGAACGAGAGCUACAUUCUGUACUUGGUGAACGAAGGACGAACGUUUGAUGAUCAGAAAUGUGGUAUCAGGAUCGUGGUUGACGAGAGCACGGCGCCAGCAUUUGUCUUGAGGAAUAGGGAAAGAUUUCGUUACUUGAUUGAACCACCAGGAAAUCGGACGGUUAAAGAGACACGAAGAUAAGAAGAGUGAACGCUCACAGACACAGAGAUGAUUUGUGGCCAAUGGAAAAGAAGACUGAGCACUACGGUUACAAGAUUGUGAGGAGAAUUACGUGGCAACUCUUGAACGACGGACUGUAACGCGUAUUGCUUUGUGGUUGCCUGAACCACCAGUUCCUCUCCUUUUUAUUUAUUUAUUGAUUUCAUGUUGCGUAGUAAACAAUGAAUGAACGGCACAGAGCAGGAAGAGGAAAAGCAUAAAUAGCUAACAAGGUGGUAUGUACGCUACAGUUCGUUACGAGUAAAGGAGCAUGGUAACUGUCGCUGUAAACUAGGGUUCCGGAGUUGCCACUGGAAUGAUUCCGGAAUCAUUCCAGAUUUAUGGAAUGGAAUUGGAAUGGAAUGGCGGAAACUGUCCCGGGAAUGGAAUGGGAAUGGAAUAAGGAUUUUUUUUACAGGCGGAAUGGAAUUGGAAUGUAAUGGUCUGGGUGACACACGGCCAAGGGGGAUGGUUUGAUUUGGUUUUAAGAAAAAAUAAAGUUGAGAUUUUGGCUUCACUA